GGGCGAAGCUGCACCCGGUGGACUGGUUCCUGGCCUCGGCGCUGCCGUGGGCCGUCCUGGUGCCCGGCGGCCUGCCCGCGGAGCUGGCCGAGCUGUUCCGCCGGAAUGGCGGGGGGCAGCUGGCGCUGCACGCGCUGCUCGUGCAGCUGCCGGUCAUGGCGUGCGACCGGAUGGCGUACAACGAUUUGGGCUGGCCGCUGUGCCUCGUGCUGCUGGGGCUGUACGGCGCCUGCUCCGGCCAGGGCGGCUGGGCCCGCAGGCUGGGCAUGGGCUGCUGCUACGUUGUGCACGGGCUGCGCAUGUUGGUCGCGGCCGUGUGCCACUUUGGUCGGGCGACUGGCUGGACGUUCGUCUUCGAGGAGGAUCUGACCAGGUAUCAGUACGCUCGGGUGAGCUGGGUGGAUUUCCACCAGAAGCCUCCCGGGAUGUGGUGGUUCAAGCGGCAGUGGGACAGCUUUCAGCAGGGGAUGUCCACCAUCUUCGGGCUUGCGGUGCCCAUGCUGCUCAGCGCCUGGAACCCAGCGGAGCACUUGCAUCCUGUGGAGUUGCUCGGCUGGGGACUGUGGGCCUCGUUCUGGGCGCUGGAGAACCUGGCGGACCACCAGAAGCGCCGCUUCCUGGCGGAGUGCCGGCGGCGGGACGCCACGGCCGUGACCGAGGCGGAGCGCGAGGAGCUCCGGGCCGCCACGCUGGGCCUGUCGCCCUGGGACGCGCCGGAGUACUGGCUCUGGGCGCGGUGCCGGCACCCCAACUACUUCUUCG